AUGGCCCUCAGACAGAGUCUAAUUUAUGAGAUAAAUGUUCAUGAGGGAGUCUGUAGUCUACACUUUGACAAUUCAUUCACAAUUUAUUUGGCUAGCAUGGAUCUAACACCGCUUGCGAAUGCGAUGUCUGCGAUAGAUAUGCUUCCCGUGGAGAUAAUACAGGCAUUGAUGAGCGCACUUCCAAAUGUGGCGUCCCUGAAGUCGAUGGCACUGGCUUGUCCUUCUUUUUACCGCGCUUUCAACGAUUCUCAGAUGUUGAUAACGACUCACGUCCUCCUAAACGAGGUGGACCCCGGAAUUCUCCCAGAAGCCUUUGCAGUAUUGCAAUCAUCCCGUGUCAGAUCCUGGACACGGCAAGGGGUAACUGAUUUUGUAUCUCGACAUCUGAAUAUCCGGACAGCAUCCGCUCAAUCUUGGACGCUCUCGGAUGCUUUACUAAUAAGCAAGCUACACUUCCAUAUUCAUUACUUUGCAGAAGACUUUGCCUCUAAAUCGCUAGCAUUUUGGGCACUGGAGCAUGAGGUAACAUCACCAUCACACACCGAGAUAGCUCCUUUCAAUGAGAUCGUGGAACAUGACAUUUCGUCUGGCUUUUGGCGCAUACCUCGUGCUGAUAUUAGCGAUCCUGGGCACAUGCAACCGAUCCUAGCCCGCGGUCUCUCGAGCAUCCGUUCCAUCAUCCUAGCAAACUCAUAUCAGGACAGGUACCAACUCAUGUAUCUAGAUUUUGAAGAAUACACCGACAUGUUCCUCUUUGGUGCUUUGGAUGCAGCUAACGAGCCCAAUGACCACGUCGAUCUCGAAGAUUAUACGGCGGACGACGAGCUUGCCCGGAUUAAAUCCCCAUUCGUUCAAGACCCGGACUCAGGGCCGGCUGAUGUAUGGUUCUGGGCGCAUCAAGAAGUUACACAAUCGCAAUUUAUAAAUUGCGACUCGCAACGAUCCCUCCGCGAGCGGGGCUACGUUAUGUGGAGUCGCACACGACUAGUUGAGAUGGAUGUACUCCAAACGCCUUGGGAAGAACCCGACGAGCCACCCCCCACCCAAAACGAAAUACAAUGGGAAGCCCAAAAAGAAUCAUCAUAUGAUCGGAGAUGUAGUAUAUAUUUGUCCGGUGGGAGUGGUUGGUGGGAUUUCGACGAUGAGAGCAAAAUAGUUUGGCCGGGUGGUAAAGCUCCAGCCGAACACCCUUAA